UUGCUUGCGAUUCAUCUUCAUUUCCUCUUACCUUUUUCACUAACGGCGACCGUAAGCCUCCGAUCGGCGAGUAUGCCCUGAAGAUCUCCGGCGCCAAUGUCUCGCCGUAACCACACGACGGAGCUCGGAUGCAUCGCCGGGGUGGAUUUAUCCGAUCUAGGUGCUGGAAGGGAAGGCUGGCUAGUGGACAACCCCAAUCUUCAUGUUGCCCUCGACACUCGCUCUCUUGCGCUCGCUAAUCGCUCCUUGAUACUGCUCCUUCACUGGUCGGAAUCUAUCACUGGACGUCCCGAACUAGAUAGCCAUCGCGCCGUCAAGAUCCUACCGGAGCUGUCGCCGAUUGAAAAUGAGUAUAUCUCCGCCGUCGAGUGGCUUGUGUUCGACGAUGACAUCAGAAUCCUCGCCGCUGGCACCUCGUGUGGGUAUCUUAUGCUUUUCUCUAUCCACGGUCGACUCAUUCACAGACAGAUUGUGAAUCCUGGAAAGAUUCUUAAGUUAAGGGUGCGAGGAACUGGACAAGAUCUGACUCAAGAUACCACUUCAGAGGAGGUUUGUGUUGUAAUGCCUGGUGUGAUUGCUCGUUUCGAAGGAUCUGAUAUUAAGCAUCUGAUGCAGCAGUGGUUUCAAGAAACUCAAUCUCAGUCAUGGAAGACAGAUUCCUACGACACAAUUUCAGACGAUCCAGGAAAUUCAGUUGCAAGCCUUCCAUAUCAGUUAUGGAAUGUUAGCAAGUAUGGGUUAUGUGCUGAUGCUGCUAUUACUGGUGUUAUGCCCCCUCCUUUGAUGGAAAUCCAGUCAACUGAACGCUAUUAUUGUGCCGUCACUGUUGGAGAUGAUGCCGUGAUAUCAGCAUUUAGACUUUCGGUGAACAAGAGCAGAUCACUGGUUGGAGCCAUUCUGUCAAAAGUUGUUCCUGCAACAUUUUCGACAAUUGCUUCAUUUUCAAAAUUGAUUUGGCGUAGUGACCCAAAUGAAACAAAAAAGCCUGAAGCUAAAACCCAACCAUUUGCUCGAGCAUCUCCACUAACUUGCUUGAAGGAUCACCCAAGAAAGGGUGAGAAACUCACAUUGUCUCCCAGUGGCACUCUGGCUGCAAUAACAGAUUCACUUGGCCGUAUUUUGCUCUUGGACACCCAGGCACUUGUCGUUGUGCGAUUGUGGAAGGGGUAUCGUGAAGCGAGCUGCUUAUUUGUUGAGAUGCUUGCUGCUAAAAAUAAGGCAGCUGCUAGCUCCUCUGACAACAGAUAUUCUAAAAGUGAUUAUUGUCUCUGUUUAGCUAUUCAUGCACCACGGAAAGGAAUAGUCGAGGUGUGGCAGAUGAGAACCGGGCCUCGACUUCUGACUAUCCCGUGUCCUAAAGGGAGCAAAAUCUUACAGCCAACAUACAGAUUCAGUUCUGUAACUUCAUCCUCAUCCUCGUACGAACCGCUGGAAGUUUUCUUUCUGAAUGGCGACUCGGGUCAGAUCUCUGUCCUUAAUCGAGUCCUUCAUUGAGGUUUCUACCUGAUCUCAUCUCAUGCCAUGAUCAAUUGAAUUUCUUGUGUAGUGACUGUAUAGGCCAGGCCAUUUUAAGCUCAUAAUUCAACUUUGGUUUCUUUUUUAUACACUUUGGUAGUUCGAUAACAUGUUUGCUUGCACCCAUGCAAUGUGUAUAGAUAGUUUGUUAGUGUAGUUUAAUUUGUUACACAUUCUAAAGUUGAUCUCUGAAAUAAUGUUGAUUUUAUUUUAAUUCAA